AAAUAAAGAGAGAGCGCGAGUUGAGUCGAUGUAAAAUAAUUCUGACUUUUUCAAGAGUCAAGUCUUGCUUGAAGUGGAGUUCGGCUUCGCGAGGAAAUUCCGCUCAGUUUCCAUCGGAGCGCGAACCUAAAUUCACGUCGUGACGGACAUUUGUGGCGUGGCCGUCUAGAACCAUUGUGGUGUGUUGGAGCAAGAAGAAAGAAGAGCUGUGACUUUUUCACAGAGUUGUCAUUGAACUGUGUGGUGUGGUGCAAUUGAUAAAGUUGGAACAGUUGUUGAGGCGAAAUCUCUCGCACUCUCCGUAAUCCGAAACUGGUCACUGUCCGGUUGCUCUCUAAUCGCGUCCAGGGGCUAUCAGUCAGAGGAAGAGCCUCCGUCUGAGAGGUUCCGCAAUCCGGAACGUACUCGGAAGAUUGUUUCCUGGGGAGUGAUUCGCGCUUUUGAGACGAAAUUUGAGUUAGGUUUCGAGUUUGACAGCUGGUUGAUAGUGCACUUCCUCCUUCCGGAGGUGGAACAGGUUCCGGACGCGGGGGAAUCCCCCCGCGAUCGUCGUCGUAAUCCGUCAGACCAUCGACGUUAAGUGCAAAUAUAUGGCUCCUCACACUUAAAUUGCAGUGUAAAGUGCGGUGUUUUAUCAUAAAUUGAAUAAGAAUCUUGUACUCCGGGAUCGACGGAGUGAGGGCGGUGGCCACGACGGUGUCGGGAACGGGUACUGCUACUUUUAUGACCCACCCCGGAGCACAACUCUCGUAACAGUAUCGCACCGCGGCGGCCCUUCGGAGUAGGAGGCAACCAGCAAGGCAUAAAAAUAGAGUGAAACCACACCAACAGCAGUAGCAACAGCCAGCAGCAGAACUGAAUCGGAACGAAAUAAUUUCUCCAAACCAACAGCGAAAGAGCGCUUGAAGAACCUCGGGACUCGAGAAUUACGGUUCCAGUUAUAUCAACACACACACACACACACACGCGUGCACGUGGUCGAAUCUCUCUGUUUCCCCCUCCGGGACGUGCCCCAGCCAUCAGAAAGAGGUUACCCGAACCACUCCGAAAGCGUCGAAAGUCAAUCCAAGUGAAGCCGGGAGUAGUGCUAAUAGAUUUACCACGAUACUUGGAAGAAUCUCCGCAGUUCGGGUCGGUCUUCACGCCGAUUAGAACACCCGUUAGUCGCAUUUACUAAACCGGUGGUGGCGUGUUGGAAAUUGGAUCUUCGGUGGAUUUUUUUUUGGGAAUUUGUUGGGCGGAUUCCGGUCAACAAACGUGACGGGUCAGGUCGGAGGGCCAGAUGGAGCUGCUGGUAGACAAGCUAGUGCAAGACGAUCAGCUUUGGAGUAGUAGUUGGAGCGGGGUUCAGCCGAAUCAAAGUGGAAGUUUAGUAAUUUAAAGGUCAACAGUAAUUGCGCGCGCACACACACAUAUCGAGAGAAGAUACUUAAAAGUCAAAUUUUUAAACACAAACAAAAAAAUACCAAAGAAGAAACAGAGACUGACUGACCUGGCCUUGAUGCGAUGCGGCUCGUGAUGCGCAACCGGAAGAUUGUGCUGGGCGUUGCGGGGGCCGCGAUCCUGCUGUUGAUGGUGUUCUUCAAGGGCACGGAGUUGGGGGCGCGAUGUCUCGCCAACGGUGGCGGAUCGGUGGGGGAGAUGGUGCGGGGCGAAACGGGAUCCGGCGGGGAGGAUGAUGGUCAUGGGUUGGGAGGAAGUUACAAGUACCACCGGAACAUGCCGCUGAUCUUCAUCGGGGGCGUGCCGCGAUCGGGCACGACGCUGAUGAGGGCGAUGCUGGACGCGCACCCGGAUGUGAGAUGUGGCCAGGAGACGCGCGUUAUCCCGCGCAUCCUGCAGCUGCGCUCGCACUGGAUGAAGUCGGAGAAGGAGUCGGUGCGGCUGGUCGAGGCCGGCAUCACGAAGGAGGUGCUCAACAGUGCGAUCGCGCAGUUCUGUCUGGAGAUCAUCGCCAAGCAUGGGGAUCCGGCGCCGCGGCUCUGCAACAAAGAUCCGCUCACGCUCAAGAUGGGCUCGUACGUGAUCGAGCUGUUUCCAGAGGCCAAGUUCCUGUUCAUGGUACGGGAUGGGCGAGCCACCGUGCACUCGAUCAUCUCGCGUAAGGUCACCAUCACCGGGUUCGACCUGUCCAACUACCGGCAGUGCAUGACCAAGUGGAACCAGGCGAUCCAAACGAUGCACGAUCAGUGCAAGGAGAUCGGCAAGGAUCGCUGCAUGAUGGUGUACUACGAGCAGCUGGUGCUCCACCCGGAGGAGUGGAUGCGGAAGAUCCUGCAGUUCCUGGACAUUCCGUGGAACGACUCUGUGCUGCACCACGAAGAGUUUAUCAACAAGGAGAACGGUGUGGCGCUGUCCAAGGUGGAACGCUCCUCGGACCAGGUGAUAAAGCCGGUCAACCUGGAGGCGAUGUCCAAGUGGGUCGGCCACAUCCCGGAGGACGUCGUGCGGGACAUGGCGGACGUGGCGCCGAUGCUGUCCGUGCUCGGGUACGACCCGUACGCGAACCCGCCCGACUACGGCAAGCCGGACACGUACGUGCAGGAGAAUACGUACAAGGUUCGCGCCAACCCGCAGAUGUGGGAGCACAAGGUCAAUCAGCUACUUAAUCGGGACGGAAACCUACCACCGAAUCGGGACGGCAACGGCAACAACAACAACGAGGAUGAGGACGACUAUGGCAAUAAUAAGGAACGUAAAACGUGAUAUUAGAGAAUUUAGCUUUUUAUUCCUGAAAGGACGGGGGGCGAAAGUUGAACCGGAACCGGAAACACAACACAAAAGUGGUGAAUUUUCAUCAUUUUUUAACAAUUCGAUAGGCAAGUACAUAUAGAGGGAGGGGAGUCCAAAAAGAAGAAAACAAGUCGUGUUGUUUUAAAGCACAAAUUCGUACAGUAAAAUGAAAGGAACUUAAAGAAACUUAAUGAAAACGGAAGCAAGCUUGCUGGCUGGCUGGCUGCUGGAGACGAAGAAGUUGAUCAAAUCAAAUGCCUGCGCUGUGUUGUUUAGUAGAAGUGAAACCGUGAGAGUAAAGAGAGCUUCGAUUUUUUUCGCUGUAAGUAACGUUCACCGUGUAAUAAUCGUGUAGGAAUCGAAUGUUGUCACUGCUGAUGAGAAGAAAGAUAUCGGAGCUACUAGGUUAGGUUAGAGGGAAAGGGGUGAGGGGACCAAUUAUCGACCGGAAACGAAUAACAAAUUAUUUACA